AUGACUCUCCGACACGCUGCACGAUUGUACGGCGAGCCGGAAGACGACGACGACAACGACAAUGAGAAUAAUCUCGUCUUCUCCUCUGACGAGGACAACCCUGUCACACUUCACCCUCAAGUUCUACCUGAUGCCUCGCCGGCCCAAAACACAAACCCCAACACCGAACUCGAUCCUCUUCGUCAACCUCCAUCCCGAUUUCCUACAGCCUGGCAGUCACGAGGGGAGUCGUCCCUGUUCAAAGAUGCCACCGAAGUCCCCCCGCUUCAUCCGUUCCAGACAGCCUUCAGUCCGGAGACGCUGAUCGCGUUCAUGCGGGAAGAGAUGGACAAGAUCAGUCGCGACCGUGAGGCUUCUAGGGCUAACGGCAAGGGAAAACAGAGAGAGACUGCUGCCCCACCCGCCAUGGGCUUGCCAGACUCAACUCUAUCAUCUCUCUUGCCUUCAGCUCCUCCACUGUCGGACCAGUCCAACCGCGGUCAGUUAGCUUCAGGUUCGGGGACCCGCCGCUCACUGCGUCUGUCCCAGAAAGACUCGUCUCCUCUCACCUCGCUCAGCCCUAUCGAUCCGCCAUGUAGGGUAGUCUUUCCAACAGAACCUUCCUUUCAGAUGAACGACUUCAUCCCGUCCACGCGGACAACCACCUUCGAAGAGCACACCAAGAACAAGAGAAACGCUGUUAGAAACAAUACGCAGGAGUCUUCGACCAGCCCGGUGCGCGCAAAGCUGCGUAAGCCUGGUCUCUCUAAGGGUGCGACCACCUCUGACGCUUCGGCUGCUGAAAACACGGGUUUUGGGGGAGUGGCUUCGGGCAUGCGCGACUUGUCAGACUUGACCCUGCAGGACGACCAUGCGCGACUACCCGAACAUGGCAGUCCUCGUACUGGAUUCCUGGCUCGCGCUGCAAAUAUCAUUAUUCGAAAGAAGGUCGGCGGUAACCUUCUAGGACGGACUCUGGGCUUGUCGACCGCGUCCAUUCCGCGCGGUGUGGACAAUGUUGAUACCAUUCUUCCCGAAGACGCUAUAGAAGGCGAUCCCAGCACCCCUGCUGGUGUGGACGAGCAGCAGCGCAGAUCUAGGUUUUCUUUCAAUUAUGCUAAGAUCAUUCCUGAAAGUAUCCCGUCAAAGGACAAAAAGAGCUUCCUCGACAAAAUCGCCCGGGCCAAGCGCCCUCAAUCAUCGGAUCCUGGGCACGAAGCACAGCCUUCCAGCGGCAGAUCUAGAUUCAGACUGUCUAGCAAGCCAAAUAAGAAAGAGGAGUACGCGGCGACUUGUGCAAAGCAAUAUCCACGCCUCUGGGAGCCCUCAAAUACUUCCGGUAUACCUGCAAACCCUCCGAAACCCGGCAUAUCUAGACCGCCUCAAAAUGAGUCCGUACCCUUGAGCGAACCUGCUGCAAUCUGGUUGAUCGACGAGAUUUUGUGGACUGCAAUCUCUCAAUUCCUCUCAACCCAAGACGUCAAGAACCUCCGUCUCGUCAGCAGAUUGCAUGCCCAAAUAUUGGCGCCGGUCCAGCUCAGAAAUGUCGUGGUCAAAUUUGACCAGAAUUUCUUCAACGACACAAUAUUCAACACUCAUGGUCCUAGCAUUAAUCGUUUUGGUGUCUCUUUUGAAUACAACCUGCAAGGUCUGGCGUACGCGAGCGCAAAGAUCAUCGAGAAGGAACAGGAUGCUUGGUUCGGAAAGUUCGUUUGGCCCACCGAGAACUAUCCUCGCUUCCCAGAGUUGCAAGCUAUCGAAGAUCUAGUUGACAACAAUCGCCCUCUCCUCAAACAGGCUCUCGCUAAAAUCACCCAUGCCUCGGAGCUUGGCUUGUGCAUGGAUAGCGGCCAUGGCUGGAUUGAGGGUCCCGACAUCUCCGACAUGGCCCUCUUUGACAAACGAAUCAACGAAGGCGGCAAAGUAUUCGGCAAGACCUUCAAAACCGAAGAUGUGUGGACCACCUUUGCGCGCAACGAGCUAUUUCGAUGGGGCCAACAGAACACCAUCAACACGACACUCAAAUCUAUUCUCGCCAGGCAGCCAGCACCGAUGUCCGAUGCUAAAGAGGUCCGCUUCUUAGAUGGGCUCAAGGUCCGGGACAUGAAAAGCUUCACAUGUCAGCGCGAACAGUAUGAUUUCGACCCAGAGUGCCAUACGGGAGGUGUCGCCACCUUCGUCGACCUCGACCCAGCAGCCGCCGCCCAACCACAAGUGGAUCCGACUGAUGCAGCAAUGGAGAAUCUCCUGAAUUGGCAUCCGGGUGCAGCUGAGAGUCACCCUCGGGCUCUGAACCAUGCCAAAAGUGCCAACCGCAAGUUGCCCCAAUGGCCUGUGAUCUUUAACGGCCACAAUCUUGCUGCGGAGCACGGUGGUCAUCUGUCAUUCAUCCAAAGCAAAAUCGCGAACCCUUUUGUAUCGCCGCUUACUCCAGGGAUACUCAGCGAAGCACAGGCUCAAUGGCUGAUGGAAACUGUGUGGGCCCAGCGAGCGUUUCUGGGCGCAUACACCACAGCCAUCAUCACGAACAAGAACAACUUCCGCCAUGUUCACACUCUCCGCAUCAGCAAGUUGUCCUCAGGCUUGCUGCCGUCUCUAGAGCAGCAAGAGUUCUGGAAGUCGUUGUCUGGACUAAAGCGGCUGGAGAUCUACCUCAGUCCCGACUGGCACCAAGAACAUGUCAUCGGCGACAAGGCCUUUAUGCACAACAUGCCUAUCCCUCCCGCACAGGCUGCUGAGCGAUUCACCAACUUCUUGAGGCGGUAUAUCACGAAGCUUGAAAACCUGCACAGCCUGAGUAUUGGCUAUGUCGGUGGUGGCGAACAUGGCGUGGGCAUGUACGCCCGCAAUCAGCAUGUCUUGCCCGCUCCCGUCGUUGACGAUCCGGACGCAUGGCUGCUCAAACAUACCAGCAAGACGGCCCCAUCUCUGCUCAAGUUUGAUCACGUGAGAGAUCUCAAGUUCGAGAAUUGUUGGUUCACCCCGUGGAUGCUCAAAGGAUUCAUGGAGGCCAGUCGCGACAGCAGUCUUCAUUCUUUGACUCUCGACUCGGUCAGCAUGACCACCAUACACGAGGAGAAUUUGGAAAUGCCUUUAGCCACCGAACUUCACGGCCUCCGGUGUCUCCAUCCAAGAGAGGAUUGGCCUCGGGAGAACCUGCCCAAAGGCGCUGCAUGGGCUCGCACUCUUGACGCCCUCACUCCAGGGAAACCACUCUGUGAAUACAAGUAUGAAGCUGGCUUACUCGACAAAGACGACAAGCCCGUACCAGCGCGAUGUUUCCGGGGCCACGUUCAACAGAUCACCCUCAAAAGCUGCGGUUACGUUAAGAUCUCUCUGCCCGCCGGUCGGGCCUCGACAUACAACCAGAACUCGGCUGUCAUCCAGGGGGAUUGUCCUAUGGACCCCGGCCUUCAGGUUCGUAGGGCUCGUUUCAGCGGCUUGGUCGCAACCUCUAACGCCAACGCUGACGGUCGCCUACGUGAGCGCGUUCCCUAUGUGAGCGAACUUCACGACAAGACAAAUCGGAUCAUGAUCAGCAGCGAUGGAUUUCCUUGGCUGGGAACACUGACUCAGUGUGUCCAUCCGAUUGAGAAGCGCGUUCUCGAAGAGGCCUGGCAGAUGAAUUUUGGCUGGGGCGAUGAUUUGAGUAGGUGGGCUGCGGUUGAGGAUGGCAUGUUCGAAGGGGGUACCGGACGGUUCAGUGGUGUGAUCAAAAAGGACGAUGCUGCUGUUCAGUCCCCCGCGUGA